UCCAAAACAAUGCAUUCUUCAUCCUCUGAAUCAAAACGCCUCGUUCUAUUCCCUAUCUUGGUCGUUGCGGCCACACAACUUCUCCUCUUACAGAGCGUUUCUUCACUAAACCUUACCAAUGCGUAUCUGCACCACAAAUGUUUAGACAGAGAAGGGAAAUACAAGCCGGGAAGCAAGUACGAGAACGCCCUCACUAAAAUCAUCAAAGGCUUUUCGGAAGAUUCUGAAGGUUUUCGUACCGGUUGGAGAAUGACCGCCUGGGGUAAAGAACCUAAUAUGACCGCCAUCACCUACUUUUGUCGUACCGACUCUCGCGGUCCCAAAUGCCGCUCUUGCGUUGCCACCGCUAGUUCUGAGCUUCUUCAUAAAAGAUGUCCAAGACAUAGGGGGGCAGUAAUAUGGUACGACCAAUGUGUUGUGGAUUUUUCUACGUUCAUGACUGUGGGAAUGAUCAAUUAUGAUGACAACUUCUGUAUGUCCAGCGCGAAGAACCUUAGCGACGAUUCAAUUUCUUUUACAGAUAGGUUGUUUCUCCUCGACAAUCUGACAAAAUUAGCCAUCACUGAAAUAGAUAAAGCAAUCAAAGAGGCCAAAAUGCCGGUGCUGUACGCGGCCGGGGAGAAGAGAUUCGGUAAGACGAAUCUGUACGGAAUGGUGCAGUGUUCGGGUGGCUUAAGUAUUAAGGGUUGUGAGGAGUGUAUGACAUAUUAUAUGGUGCAUUUUCAAAAAUGCUGGAAACGUAAACAAGGAGUAAGAGUUUUGAGUGCAACCUGUAACUUUAGGUAUGAGCUUUACCCUUUUAUAAGCCCCAAGAGUCCUUACUAUACCAAGUUUUUAAAGUAA